GGCCUGCCGCGCGUGCGUCUGUAAGGCCGCCCGCUCCUUUCCGUCGUGCCGAGCCGCUGAAGAGCCACCAUGAGCAAGGCCCACCCUCCCGAACUGAAGAAAUUUAUGGACAAGAAGUUAUCAUUGAAGUUAAAUGGUGGCAGACAUGUACAAGGAAUACUUCGGGGCUUUGAUCCCUUUAUGAAUCUUGUCAUUGAUGAGUGUGUGGAGAUGGCAACUAGUGGACAACAGAAUAACAUCGGCAUGGUGGUCAUACGAGGAAACAGCAUCAUCAUGUUAGAAGCCUUGGAAAGAGUCUAAACAAUGACUGUUCAGCAGAAGAGUCCACAUACUUCCCCAAAGGACUGUUUGACUUGGGUGUAGAAUUGGGUCAUGUACAUUUUCAUUAAAAAACAAAAACAAAACUUUUUUGAUAAAUAAACUUUUGUGAU